CGUGCAUCACGCUAUGACCGCUCUGCAACUGCUUCUCAUAAAAAAUGCAUGGAAUGGAAUUUCAAAAUUUUGUUCGGACAAAAGGGUGUGGGUGGGUGUGGGUGUGGGUGCGUGGGCGUGAGUGGGCGUGGGUACUGUCUUCGCAUGGAGUACACCCACACCCACACCCCAAAAAAAAUAAGUGCCAAUCGUUGAAAAAUUAGGAUUUAAAAAAUAUAUCAAACAUAUCUGGGAUUAUACAUUCUCCCAAUGACAUCAACGAGAUUAUACAUUUUAUCUAAACCGGGUAAAUGUAUAAGCGAAAAUUACUGUUCAAAGAACACCUUGGAAAUAGGUGUGCUUAUAAGAUUUUGAGAAAAGUUUUUUACCAAACGAUAGAGUAUGGUAGCAGGUGAGUGUUUUAUGAAGAAAAUUUAAAAAAAAAAACACUAAAAAAGUUAUAGUCAUUUUGCUGAAAACCAUUGCAUUGUCUUCUACUUUUACUCCCGCUUACUCUAUAGAGAAAGAUGACAAAUAAAAUAAAUUACCUUUCAUUAUCAAUAUGGGACAAUAACAGAUAAAAAAUGAUUUUCUAUAUAUUCGCUAUAAAGAAAAUACAAAUAGAUGCCUAAGCAUAUAGUAGUAUAAAUGUUAAAUAAUAUAUUAUUCGCUAUAUUAUCAAGAUACAUAAAUAAGAAAUAAAAAAUAAAUGUACAAGCACAUAGUUUAGAGUAAAUCAAAUAUUAUAUCGUUUUCUAUAUUAUAUAUAUAGACAAAUAACAAAUAUAAAAAUAUUUUGUUUUAUAUUUUCAAUAUAGAAAAAUAGAAAAAUAUUCCCAGGCAUAUAGUAGAAAAAAAUUAAUUCAUUUAUUAUUUUCUAUAUUAUCAAUAUAGCAAAAUAAGGAAUACAAAAAAUAUAUGUUCCAGUAUAUAGUAGAGGAUACAUAGAAAAAAAUAUAAUUUUUCAUCUCCUGAUCGUCUUAGAAAAACUUCAACAUCGAUAUUUUUUCUGUCGAAAUAUUUUGUGAAGAAAAACGUUCUCUAUUAUGUGAAAAUUUCCGAGAUAUAUCUGUACUUUGACUAAUCUAUUAUACAAAGCAUUUAUUUGUGAUGUCAAAUAUGAUUUUACGAUUCCAUUAAUAGAAAACAUUGUCUUGCACAGGACAAUUUUGUGUAUUUUGUACAUUUCUCCAUAAUAGAAACUAUUGAAUCAACAAUUCUCGAAUAAGUAAAAGAACAUGAUAGAUCACACAGAAUCAAAUAAGAGUAGACAAGACUUGGAUUAUGUAAUGCUAUAACUUUCUUUUGUUUAUGAAUUCUAUUUAGUCAGAUAAAAUCAGAUCAGAGUCCUUUACUCUGUUCUUAUAUAUUUCUUAAUCUCAGAAUCUAAUAAGAUGUCCAAUGACAUCUUUUAUUCUGAAUCUGACAAAAGCUUUUAAAAAAUGCAUCUAUUUUCACUGUCUCUUUUUGAUCUCUUCUAGUACAUUUCUCUUUUUUCUUUCCAUGUCUACUUUACAUCUCAUGCAUAUCCCUUCUCUCUUGCAUUCUUUUUGUGCAUGGCAUCGCAUCUAGUCUAUUUUCAAUAUUCUUGUUCAAAAUCUUUGAGAAGAUUAUUAUUGUUCCGAGAUUUCUAUUAUAUAUAUCCGCCCUUGUGCCUAUGAUAUUCAUUAUAUUCAGAAGAAUUCAGUGAAAACCCUCCCAGGAUCGGUUUGUGAUGAGCACUUUGUUCAGGGAAUUUUUUGUAUUUACUGUUCUAAAUAAAGGAAAACUAUAAUUCUAAUAAUUACUUUACAAGACUGAAGAGGAAAACAACCUAAUUUGGGCAAGAAUACCAGUCCAUCAAUCAAAAUCAUAGAAAUAUGAAUACAUGUUAUCAUAUUAUCUCCAAAAAUUAGCUUGGGCAUCCGAGAGUUAAAUACACAUAAGUUUUUGGACAUAAUUAAAUCUACGAUUGAUAUCAAAUAGUAGCACAUUAAUUUAUUGCUUUAUAAACUUUCUCAUAAAAUUUAAAGAUAGGCACCUCCAUUCUGUCCUGUUCCUACUCCAUUUUCACUCUGAUAUCAACCAUUUCAAAACACUUACUCUUCAGAUCCUCAUGAACAUAUUCAUAACAUGCGAGCUUAUAGAAGGGUUCUCAGAAUAAGAACUACAUAAGGAUUAUAGCAUGAUCCUCAUAGAAGAUACUCAUUAUUUUUAGAUUUUCAGAUUUUGACAGAGUAUCUUAUUUAGUCAUCAAGAUUCUCUUCGAGGACCCUUAUACAAUGGUUUGAAGAUGGUGUUCAUCAAAAGUUAAAAAUAACAUUUUAGAAUACUUUCUUUUCAAAGCCCAUAAAAUCCAUAGAUUCCAAUGUUUGUCACUGGAGAGCUCCGUUCCGAUUGACAUCCAUCUUUUCAGCAUUUGCAAAAGUAGAAGCCCUCUCAGAUUACAUAGAUUCGCGUGGGAUCCUCUCAACUUUGUUCAGUUUCGCCUGUAUCCAAACCUUCUCAUGAUCUUACUCAGAGUACAUCACGGUUGUUCUUCGAACAGCUUGACAUAACUUAUCAAAAGCCUUAUAAAAUAUCACCGGCAUUCUCUAUGCAAAUACUAAGGAGAUUUUUUGGCAGAUCUAUAUUCAUCAUACAGAAAAUCAUGUAUCCUUAAGGUUUCCUAAAAAACAUAGGGAUUAGGUUUGAUAUUUUGUUGUUCAAUGAUUCGAUAUUCUUCUCACAAGAUACAGAUAGAAUCUUCUCUGAUGUUCAUAUAAAUGAUCCUUCUGCCAAAAAGAUUCUGAAUUCUUGCAAUUCUAAAAAAAAUCCUCAGAUCCUUAUGUUUUUCUAUCAAAAACUUACAUGGAAUUAGUAUUAUUCUUUCUUGGAGAACCUCCUUACAACAAUCUCCAGAUGUUAUUUUUAUAAUCAAAAAGGUCUUGGCAAGAACUAUAAGUAACAUAGAUGUAAGAAUCGUUACCAAAUCCUUUUUUUCUCAUAAGAAACUAGGAAAAGACUUCUGAAUUUUUAUCUGCGGAAUGAGCAUUCUCAAAGACGAAUGUCAUAUUUGUAGCGCUUGCUCCCACGAGAGACGGAAUCCCUUUGACAACGAUGAUUUCUUUUCUUUUUUGUUCAUUGUAGUAAUUCCAAAUAUUCCAGUCGAUGCCCGAUGGAAACAGAAUGGAGUGACUGUUGCUGGAGGCCAUGGAAGAGGUAGUGGCACCAAUCAACUCUACUACCCUUAUGGUCUCUUCGUUGAUGAUGAUCAAACGAUAGUGAUCGCUGACUGGAACAAUGAGCGUAUCAUCCAAUGGAAGAUGGGUGAUACGAAUGGACAAGUAGUAGCUGGUAACAAUGGCCUAGGAGAUCGAUUGGAUCAAUUGAAUUGUCCAACCGAUGUAUUGAUUGACAAAGAGACGGAGAGUCUCAUUAUUUGUGAUUGGUUGAAUCGACGAGUCGUUCGAUGGUCUCGUCGUAGUGGUACAACUCAAGGAGAAAUCCUCAUUGCCAACAUCCAUUGUUAUGGAUUGGCCAUGGAUGAUCAGAGAUAUCUAUACAUCUCUGACUACGAAAAACAUGAAGUAAGACGAUAUCAAAUAGGAGAGAAGAAUGGAACUAUUGUAGCUGGUGGCAAUGGCAAAGGUGCUGGUCUCAAUCAACUCAACAUUCCGAGAUACAUCUUUGUCGAUCAACAACAGACUGUCUACGUGUCAGACAACAACAAUCAUCGUGUAAUGAAAUGGAAUAAAGGUGCAAAAGAAGGAAUUGUCGUCGCUGGAGGCCAAGGCGAAGGGAAUGCUCUGACACAAUUAUCGUAUCCUAAAGGACUGUUCGUCGAUACAUUGGGUACCAUCUAUGCGACAGACUCGUGGAAUCAUCGAGUGAUGCGUUGGCCUAAAGGAGCGAAACAGGGCACUAUCAUCGUGGGUGGAAAUGGUUACGGAGAAGGAGCAAAUCAGCUCAACUAUCUCGGAGAUUUUAGAAAACUUUAUGCUAAAACAAUGGAUGUGAUUCAUACAUUAGAUUUUAAAAAAAUGAAUACUCGUUAUUAUACUUAUCAUAAGAUUCGUAAACAUAAAACUCAAUUAGGUAAACAAUAUUUUGUUGCAUUAUCAUGA